UAGAAGCCCAAAUACAACGUUUUCUAUAUAUAGACUCAUAUCAGUACACAACGUGCAAACAAGAAUUUGGCUGCGAUUGUCAACGUCAACACAAAACGUCACAUAUUCAUGGAAACUGGAACCGGGGACUGGUAUAAAAGUGUCAGAUGUGGGUCGGGGGAGAGGCAUAUGGCAGCUUCUGGGUCAGUCAAUAGCCAUGGCCAGCGUUUUAUACAAAUGGUUUCUAUGGUCCUGCCUCCUGGUGACUUGCACUUCUCCUGCUCCGCUGUUGAACAAGGAUUGCGUAGACGUGGCCUCUGAGCAGUCAGCCUCUGAAGAUGAAGGCGCUCACCAUGAGGAUGUGUUCUCCCAAAUUCUUAAGUCCAAUAAUGGCACCACCAAGAAUCUGUGGCAAGGAGACAUUGCCACGGAGAGUUGGCGCAGUGCAACCAAAUGUACCAGCUGUCUUUGGCCCAAAUCAGCUGAUGGCGCCGUCAGGGUCCCCUACCGGCUCUCCUCUGCUUACAGUGACAGUGAGAAGAGUUUCAUCAGGGACGCCCUGCUGGAGUUCAACACCCUGACCUGUGUCCACCUCGUGGAACGCUCCACAGAAGAAGACUUCUUGGACAUCGUCUCUGACAUUGGGUGCUGGUCUUACAUCGGGAGGUUCGGAGGGGCUCAGCCCCUAUCACUGAUGAGCAGCGGCUGCCUGUCUAGGGGGGUCAUUCAGCAUGAGGUGGAUCACGCUCUGGGCUUUUACCACGAGCAGAGCCGGAGUGACCGAGACACCUACAUCGAUGUCCUGUGGCAGUAUAUCCAGGAAUCCGACUGGAGCAGCUUUGAGAUGGUCGACACUGAUAAUCUAGAUUUCUCCUAUGACUACUCUUCUGUGAUGCAUUAUGGGUGGUAUGCUUUCUCCAACACAUCCGGGCAGCCAAGUCUCAGACCCAAGCCUGAUCCGACUGUUAAUAUUGGGCAGAGAUAUGGACUGAGCCAGCUGGAUGUUUCCAAGGUCAAAGAGCUUUACGGCUGCAAGCUGUGCACUUACCUACUUACAGGCGUAAAUGGAUCUUUGGAUUCUCACAGCUUUGUGUCUGAUCAUCCCUCUGAAACAAACUGCCUCUGGCUUAUACGAGUCAAUAAAAAUAAGGCCUUGUUGCACUUUGACGCUUUCAACCUUUCGCCGUCUGGUGGCUGUUCGGAUAAUUAUAUCAUGGUGUAUGACGGUCCCAGCAGAUCCUCACCAGUGUUGGUGGAGAGGGCAUGCGGCAGCCUGGAGUUACCUCUGCUGGUGGCAUCUGGUGGAGUCUUGCUGGUGGAAUUUGUUCAUGAGAGAGGUUUAAGAGCAUCAGAAAUAGAAUUCAGUGCAUUCUACAGCUCAGUGGAUUGUGGUGGAACCUAUAUAAAUGACAAUGGGACAGUGACCUCCCCGGGUUAUCCGAAUCCGUACACCAACUUGGUGCAUUGCAUGACAACGAUUUGGGCGCCCCCAGGAUAUCAGAUUGUUCUGAACUUCAUGGUCUUCGUAGUGGAAUACUCCUUCUCCUGCUCCUAUGAUUAUCUCCUAAUCAAUGAUGGCAGCCGGCCCAGCUCACCAGAAUUGGGCAGGUUCUGCUCGGAUACCAAAAUCCCCACCAUCGUGUCCACAGGCAACGUCCUUCUUCUGCAGUUCCGCAGUGACCACUGGAUGAACGAUCUGGGCUACAGCGCCGACUAUCAUUUUGUACCAGCAGUAUAAAUGUGCAGUUCUGCAGUGACCAAUGACACUUGUGGAGAUCGGAUUCUUGAUUCUUUACCAGCCUCA